GAUUUAGCAGAGGACGUUUUUACCAAUAAUGAACUUUUUUACUAUAACUAUGCCAUGUCUGAGACGACGAAAAUGGAUGUUGACCUGAAUUAUACAUGUAGACGACCGCCCAAUGCUGAUUCCAAACUGAAACAGGUUGUCAGGAGACUAACGUACAAAUACCGCAGAUGGUUAAUAGAUUUGCAAACGUUCUGCGAGGCUACAAAUGCAACCAUAAAAAGUCCAGAUUACCAGCAACAGUGCCAAACCAACAUGAUGAAAAAGAUCACUAAAGUCAGCGAACACACGAUCAGUGUGUGUCGCCGUUUGAAAUGCAUAUUAAACCGCGAUCCCAGCGUAACGAGUAACAAAUUCCGCGAUAUGUUAAACAGUUGCGGAAUCAUUGAUUUUAAUAUGAGCGACACUCAAAUGGCUGAAUAUCGAAAGUUAAUUGAGAACUAUCUGGAGCUAGCGGAACGACUAUUAACAUGUGUGACGCAACUUGCCGAGGCUGUCAAGGCGAAAUGACGGCAUUUCCAUCGUUAACUGUGGGUCCACGGCUGACUCGGCUCGUAGACGAGAAACACUACCAAAAUCUUUUUAAUUAGUAGUAUGUUAAAGAGAUAGAUGGUGCUAUUUGCGACUUGAAAGCCAGUGUUGUUACCCGAGUCCAAGGAGCAAGUCAUUUGCAUGUGUACAUAUAUUGUUUGUAGAAUAAUGUAUACCACGGAAACUUUUG